AUGGAAAACAAACGACAGUCAACUACAAACUUCCUGUCAUUUCUGAACGUGAUAGAAAAUGUCAUGAAGCAGCAGGACGACGGACCCAUAUUGGUCCAUUUCACCCUGACUCCAAUAGUAACCCUGACUCUUAUAAUCACCCUGACUCCUAUUGUCACACUGACUCCUAUAGUCACACUGACUUCUAUAGUCACACUGACUCCUAUAGUCACCCUGACUCCUAUAGUCACACUGACUCCUAUAGUCACACUGACUACUAUAGUCACACUGACUCCUAUAGUCACCCUGACUCAUAUAGUCACACUGACUCCUAUAGUCACCCUGACUCCUAUAGUCACCCUGACUCCAAUAGUCACCCUGACUCCUAUAGUCACCCUGACUCCUAUAGUCACCCUGACUCCUAUGGUCACACUGACUCCUAUAGUCACCCUGACUCCUAUAGUCACCCUGACCCCUACAGUCAUCCUAACUCCUAUAGUCACCCUGACUCCUAUAGUCACCUUAACUCCUAUAAUCAACCUGACUCCUAUGGCCACCCUGACUACUAUGGUCACCCUGCCUCCUAUGGUCACCCUGACACCUAUGAUCACCCUGCCUCCUAUGGUCACCCUGACUACUAUGGUCACCCUGACUCCUAUACUCACCCUGACUCCUAUAUUCACCCUGACACCUGUAGUCACCCUGCCUCCUAUGGUCCACCUGACUACUAUGGUCACCCUGCCUCCUAUGGUCACCCUGACUACUAUGGUCACCCUGACUCCUACAGUCACCCUGACUCUUAUAGUCACCCUGACUCCUAUAGUCACCCUUACUCCUAUAAUCAACCUGACUCCUAUGGUCACCCUUACUUCUAAAGGUCAUCCUGACUAUUAUGGUUACACUGACUCUUAUGGUCACACUGACUCUAAUGGUCACACUGACUCCUAUGGUCAACCGGACUCAAUUGUCAUCCUGUGUCUAAUAGACACCCUGACUCCUAUGGUCACCCUGUCUAUAAUGGUCACUUUGACUACUGUGGUCACCCUGACUUCAAAGGUCACACAGACCCAAUUGUCACCCUGA